ACAAGAUGGCUGCAGUGUUGUUGUAAAAUCAAUGAGCCCCCGUAAAGAAUGGAUGGCGAUAAUACAACACAGGGUUAUGUAGAUGAUGGAGCUUUUAUAGCUAUAGCAAAUGAGCUGUUGGGAAAAUGCAACCUUCCUGGUACAAUAACUAAACUUGAGGAAUGCAGUGACAACUUCUUUGUUGCAGUUUACAGAGGUCUGCUGGGUGAUGAUUUGGCUGGUAUUAUAGAGAAUCCCAUUUCAAAUGAACAACAUGUUUCAAACUGCCAAACUGUGAUAGAUUCAGUUGCUUCUGAUAUUCUUAGUGUGGAUCUAACACACAUCGCUGGGAGCAGCAUUGUGGAGGGUGACAAAAUUUCAAUUCGGAACUUGUUAGAGAUUUUUGCUGGAUUGCUUGAGUUCUUCAUGGAGUACAAUGAUGAUGAAGGUUCUGAAGAUGAAAAUGACUCCAAUUUGCUGACUUCAAAACAUGAUGUCAUCUCUGGAGUACUAAGAGAAGAGUUGGGCCCCUCAUAUGAAGCUGUUUAUGGUUCUAGACAAAGCGACAGGAGAGAGGAGGCAAAGAGAAAACGGCCAUUGUUGCAGCAGUCAAGUGGAGGAGUAAUGCUGGACAGAAAUGGAGUGCCAAAGAAACAAGAAUCAUUAACCAGAGUCUCUGUCGUUUGGGAUCAUGAAAAUUCCACUGGUUUUGAUGCAGACACAUCAAAGCUCAGUGACUCAAAAAUGGAAGGUGUUAGUGACUCAACUGCUGAACUGAUCAGACUUGGAGAAACCACAUCAGACAGAUUGCCACCACUAGGGAUAGAAAAAAAGGCAGAAACCAGAAAUCAGCUUCCAGAUUCAACAUCAGACAUGUCUGCUAGAUCACCAAUGAUCAGUGUCAGCUCUCAGCAUGGUAGCAGACCUUAUAGAAAUGAUGCCUUUGGUGGCACUUUAAAUGGAACAAGACCUUUGCAGGAUAAUACAAAACCAGUUAUGAAUAAUGCUAGUCCCUCGACAAGUUCCAAAAGACCAGAUUUAUCUGGAAUUAGGAAGUCUGACCGAUCCAGCAUACUUGUUUGUGAUGCCACUUCUAUGGAAGAUGAACUGACACAGUACACUUUGACACCCACAGAAGUGGGACAUUCUCCAGCUGUUAGGGAUAAAGACCCUGACAAGCCUUCAACCAGUUUUCUGUCCUCCUCCUCAACAUCUACAUCAUGGCCUGAGCAAAUAUCACCUCUAGAACCAUUAAAAGACUCUGGUGCCAGAGAGACAAGUAGCUUUGAUGCUCUUGGUGUGAGACCAAGACAAAACCCCCCAGCAACUGCAGUUUCAGAAGCUGCUGGAGACAACAGUGGACGGUCAACUCCUGUUUAUCAUCAUUACCACCACCACUUUCAUCACACAGAGCCACAAGGGACUGUACCAGAAUUUCAGUCUGUAGCUGGAGUUAGAGCAGCAGCCUCAGUUGAUGCACCAGAUAGAACAACGGUUUUAUCAAGGACCCAGCCUACUGGAACUGUGACCAGAACCAGACCUCAUUCUGGAACAACUGAUACACUUACAAGAAUAGCUCCUGUGACUUUUACUCACCCUCCUCACUCAGGGAGUUUUCCAUCAGUGAUUUUUCCAAGUGAUAGCAGUACAUUGCCCUCUGCAGGUCCCUCACAGCCAUCUGUCACCACAGUCACAGGAACAACAUCAACUUUGACUGACUCAGUGUUUCUAUCAAGGUCUGGAUCAUCACGUCCCCAUUUUGUCAUGGCAGCCACUUCUGAUACAGGUGCUGUUUCAUCAAGUGGUAGAGCACCACAAGGAAGGCUGGCUGGCUCAUUAAAAACAACCACAGUAACAUCUACGACAGAUUCAUCAAUGCCAUUGUCGUCGUCACUGCCAUCCACAAGUCACAGACCUGAUGGUGCUUUAAGAGAACGGGUUUCACGGCCAGAACAAACUGACCAAUCAGCGGAUCGAUUGAGUAGUCUGAGGAGAAUGCAGCCAUUUGCGUCUUCUCUCCCCGCCAGACUGCAGGAAGGAUCCAUAGGUUCUGAGCAUGCAGCACUUCGAUCAACAGCUGCAGACCUUUUACAAAAAUACAGCGCACCGGAAGAAGAAAGUGGCGAAAGUGACAGUGAGAGGGAAGCAGACGACGAGGAGCUCGCUCAGAACAGUGAUAGCGCUGUUGAUUACGGAAGAAUUGAGCCUCCUAUUGCAAAACCGAUAACGAGAGAUUUCUCAACUUCUCGAUCGAGUGGUAGCACAGGCAGGACAACCACAAGGCCAAGAAUGCCCCGCAGCUAUAAAGAAUCAACCGAAGAAGAUUCUUCUCCUGAACGUGUUCCCCGCCGCGGCGUGACUUUCCGUGACACAGUAGAAACAUUUCCAGUUUCAGGAAGAAUGGAUAGGCUAAGGCGCCUGCUGUACGAGGAGUCCGAGAAGCAGCGGAAACGACACACGGAAGCCAUGCGCAAGACUUAUCGUGAUCAGUUGAAGGAAAUACAACAGGAAAAAAAGAAAGAGAAAACUUUGCAGAUGAAAAGAAAAUUACCAGUCUCACCAAACGUUCCAAAGAAGAAACCAAAAAACAAGUCUCCAGUCAAGAAAUGUGGGAGAUUGGAGGCUGUCUAUCGCUCACAGACAAGAAAAUCCCGGCCAGUGAGAAGGACUUUGACAACCGGAAAAGGAAGAAAGAGAAGUGCCUCCGCGAGUCCUGUACUCGUUGGGAGAAAGAGCGACAGUCCAGAUCAUCCGGACAUGUUACUUCCCGCCAUGUUGGAAGAGUUCCCUUUCUUGCAUGUCUCGCCUCAAACAGCUCACAGCAUGUGGAACAAGCAGGCGCGGCACCUUAGCUCCUUUCUUAAAUCUGGUGCGGACGCCAAUAGGACCAAAACUCAGAGAAUGAUUGAAGAUGCUGAGAAGCGACAGAAGACUUUGGUGGGAAUAUUAAAAAAAGAUUUGGAACAUAAUAUGAGAAUGCGAGAUAAACAAGAGCGGCAGCAACAGCAGCGGACUGUUAAGGCAAAACUGAGAGAAAAACGCCAAGUCUCUGCGCAUGCGCGGCGAUACUAUGAUGAGUAUGAGUUGCGCAUGCGGGCCAGAAUGUUGAAAAGGCGCACGCGUGAAGAACAGAUCUUCAAAAGGUUGUUUGAGGAUGGUUUGGAUAUUCAAAAACAACGCAUACGCGAACUCAGAGAGUAUGCGAAAGAGCAGAGAGAAACUUUGGCUCAGAGGCAGCAAAACGAAAUUGAAUCACUGGAAAACUUCUAUCGUGACCAGUUUGCCAUGUUGGCAGAUGGAAUCGCUCGGGAGAGAUAUGAGAUGGAAGUACGCGAAAAAGCCCAAGAAAAGGUGGUCCGACAAAUGCGACGGGAGUUGCGGCGGAAACUCGAACAUGACGUGCAAGAGUUCCAAGAAAAUCUUCAACGUGAUGAAGACUCGGCUUACUUUCGGCAGUUAGAGGCUGACAGACUAAAGGGCAAAUUUCAACUUGCAACUCGCAACGCGUUUUAUUGAAAACCAAGUCGCUCGUUUCUUUAAAUGCUGUUACUCCUCAUAUAGUAUCGUGGGCGGAGGAGGGAGCAGGGAGAGGAGGAGGCAGGGAGGAGGGAGCAGGCUAAUUGGUUAUUUGAUCUCUAGAGUGUAAUUCUACUACUCAAAAAAAAUCUGGGUAACAGUCUAUUAUGCUAAAGAAAUUAACUUUUUUCUGAUUUGUUAUUUGAGUUACGUAAGUUUCUUGCGUUUCUUGUUUCAAAAUAAAAAUUCUCCAUAGUUGCCUGUCGGUGUUUAAUGUGCAUUUUUCAUAUGAUGCUGGAGGACGUAAUGGUUCCUGCUGGCCCUUAGAAGGUUUAUGCAUUUUUCGGCGUAAUCUCUUUCCCAGAGGUCAUGCUCUCGCAAUUUCUUGCAGGCUGGAAACGAGGACUGAGAACGUGACAUCUGGGAACGAGAUUGAUCAAACAGUUACUCGCGCAUGCUCAGGUGAUGAAGAAAUAAUAGCCACUCGUCCCGAUGCUUUUUUCGCUCUUUUCCUAUCCCAACAAACACUAUAUGGAUGGGCAGUAGUUGAAAUACUCUGUGUAUGAAUGAGCGUUAACCAAAAAUAAGCGUUUUAAAGUAAGGAGUAAAAUACGUAGAACAGAUUUAUCGACGGCUUCAUCAAAAUCUGCAGCUUCUUUAUCAAUUUUCAGUUGUUGAUGGUUCAUCGUGUGACGCAUGUUCCAUAUCUCAGCAGGGUACCGGUAAAUCCUGCAGUGAUACCACAGGGAUGGUGCAAAUCGUGUACAUCUUUUAAUUUCCAAUAGGACGGACAAACAUAGUUAAUUAGAGUUAUUACUAGCUAAUGUUAUUUGUCGCUGUGAGUGAAUUUUUCAUGCUAACCAUUUGGGAAGCUUCUUUCAUUUCUGUUGAUGGCUACAGAGGAUUUUAUCGGCUGUAACUUGGAUGAAACAGAUACAGACGGGAACAAAAGAUACAAAAUAAUUACGAGAUUUUCGUAACCGGAAAAUUGGCUUCCCUCUAAUGACAACUUGUUUAGAGGUGAUGCUGUUAGAACAGAUGAGGGUCCCCAGACAACGGUUUUUUUCCCAAUCUGAAUGUCUGUUUAUCUCUCUGUGAUGUAUUGGCGAACCCUUUGCGCAGUCUUGAAGCCUGCCUAGCUUAUCACGAUCUUUUAUAGCAUUGAAACAAUUCCUCAGCCAAACGGCGCUGAAGAGGGGGAGGAAUAACAAGUAAUAAAAGAUCAAUGAAAUAAAAGAUAAACAAGUUGAAUAAAACGGAACAUAUUGUAAUGAAUCCUUAUCACAUUUUUACAUACGAGAACAAUGACACCCAACCUAGCGAAAACAGGAAUAUAUACAAAAGGAAUUUGGAAUAAAACGAUGCUUCCGUUGUUUUGGUUUGUACGGAAGAUCAUACUGAGAAACAGCCGUUCGAGAGUCACAAAAGCAUUUUUUGAUUAGAGCUUCUGAAACUUUUUCAUUUGAGUUAUAUUACAUCAGAAGUUGCGUUUUACUGUUUGUUUAUGAUGUCCUUUAAAACCAACGAAACCUGAGUGGCUUAAAAGCCGCCAAGGACCACACUUCUGCAAAAUAGACUAAAUCAAAAUACAUCCCUACAUUGAAAGAGGAUUUUAUUACAAGUAGUUAGAAAGAUAAUAAUAAAGUGUCAAAAUUGAUUAGCGUCAUAAUGUUCAGCACGGCAUUGAGUUCUCAUUUGGCAAUCAAAGUCGACAGAAAAAGUGAUUAAUCUCCUAGUAUUUGUUUAGUCCACUGCAUGCAAUAGCUGUCAUCAUGCGUGCUUAUUAUAAUUCACGUUUCUCUCUCGAAAACUACAAAAACUCUUUUAAUUUCAAGGCUAUCGUCUUUCUAAGGUACAAUGAAGCACUGAAAGUCACUGAUAUAGCCAUGAGAUACAUCGUUGAUUCAUUUCAGUUUGUGAUGAAUGUUUACAGAUAUAUGAGUAU